UGGUUCCCGUUUGACACACUCGCCUUCCGAGUGCUGAUGGAUGGAUUUGCUGCAGAGCGGCCCGAAUCUUCAGCAUAGUACAAAACUUUCCAUGGAGUAUGAGUUCGUGGAAUAACCGAGGCGUAGUGAAUUAACGAUAGUUGGAAGAAAGUUUUCAAGUGCUAUUAGUGAAGUGGCUCUGGCUGGAACAGGAGUGGAAGUUUGGUGAAAAUUUGUAGGAAAAAUCUCCAUGAAUAAUUUAGAGCCUUCUUCUGCGAGGGCAGUGUGAGCUUCGCUGACGGUGAGAAAGAGAAAGGAGCAGCACUCUUUUCGGUUCGUUUGCUAAACGAGUGUGUACAGCUGUGUGAGCAAGAAAGGCAGGAAUCCAUGUGACACUCAUACCACCGGAAAACGCAGCCCGACCCGAACAUCAAAAUAAAAAAUCCAACCAUCACACACACUGAGAAAGUGCAAUGACGACGAUGCGUUAGCAUAGUGACUAUGGGAUCAGAGGCAUGGGCAUGUGCGUGGACCCUGGGGCUUUCCGGUGGUGUCAGGCAUUGAGCCGGUCGCAAUCGCUAACCACAGCAACAACAGCGAGAACAACAGUAUCAGCAUCAACCGCAGCCACUUCCGGUGGCACCACAGCCAGGGGAACGACAACACCUGUACCGACGGUCAGCAGCAAUAGUCAGCAGGCCGACUAUCGGCACGUGUCCAGUUUUCACCAUGCCAAGGUGCGAAGAAGUCUGAAUACUACCAUCUUCAUUAAGAAGAAAAAGGCGGCAACCGUAACAGCGGCGGCGGCGGCGGCGGCGGAGACAACACAAACAGAAACUGCAGAUUCUAAAACGAAAUCAGUUAGCAACAACUUUUCCAACCAGUACAGUAAUAAUAGUAAUUAUACUAGUAGUAACAGCGGUAGCACAUACAACACUAGCAUAAGCAGUAGACAAACGAAUAGCAUCAGCAGCAGCAGUAGUAAUAUCGAAAGGGCACUAGCGGUGCGACGGAGGAACUUUAGUCUUAGCACCAACAAAUUGAGCGAACAAUACAGUUGCAGUGCGGCGGCGUUGAACUGGCUGAUCUCAUCGUUUGUACUGCUUCUCUGCAUUACUCUAUGUACUAGUUCAAUUAGUCCACCUGCACCCCAGGAUGCUGUUCACAUCACCGCCAUCCUCGGCGAGAGCGUCGUGUUCAACUGUCAUGUCGAAUUCCCCGGUGACCAUCCCGUUCCCUAUGUCUUGCAAUGGGAGAAGAAGGUGAGCGAAACGGGACAGGAAAUUCCAAUCUACAUCUGGUACGAGAGCUACCCGACCCACAGCGGCGAGGGAUACGAGGGACGCGUUUCGAGAGUGUCGCCCGAUUCGAGCUUUGGUGCGGCAUCGCUUAACCUAACCAAUAUCCGCGAGUCCGAUCAGGGCUGGUACGAGUGUAAGGUAGUGUUUCUGAAUCGGCCACCGAAGCAGCACAAGAACGGCACCUGGUUUCAUCUGGACGUGCACGCUCCACCGCGCUUCAGUGUUACGCCGGAGGACAUCAUUUACGUUAAUUUAGGCGAUUCUAUCAUACUAAACUGCCAGGCAGAUGGCACCCCAACACCAGAGAUCCUAUGGUACAAAGAUGCCAAUCCAGUGGAUCCGUCUUCUACUGUUGGCAUCUUUAACGAUGGUACCGAGCUACGGAUUAGCACGAUCCGACACGAAGACAUCGGCGAUUACACGUGUAUCGCGCGCAAUGGUGAGGGACAAGUCUCCCAUACUGCCCGUGUUAUAAUAGCGGGCGGCGCUGUAAUCAUGGUGCCGCCCACUAAUCAAACGAAACUGGAGGGAGAGAAGGUGCAGUUCACCUGCGAGGCGAAAGCGAUGCCCGGGAAUGUCACUGUGCGAUGGUUCCGCGAGGGUUCACCGGUACGGGAGGUGGCCGCACUCGAGACGCGCGUCACGAUCCGCAAGGAUGGGUCACUCAUCAUCAAUCCGGUCAGUGCCGAUGAUUCCGGCAUGUACACGUGUGAGGUGUCAAACGGCAUCGGAGAACCACAAAGUGCUUCGGCUUUUUUAAAUAUAGAGUAUCCUGCCAAAGUGACCUUCACCCCAACAAUACAAUACUUACCGUUUCGUUUAGCUGGUGUUGUACAAUGCUAUAUAAAAGCAAAUCCUCCUCUACAAUAUGUAACAUGGACCAAAGAUAAAAGAUUACUGGAACCUUAUCAAACAAAAGACAUAGUUAUAAUGAACAACGGUUCGCUGCUGUUCACCCGGGUCAACCAGAACCAUCAGGGACGGUACACGUGCACGCCGUACAAUGCGCAGGGAACGCAGGGUUCGUCCGGUCACAUGGAAGUAUUGGUCCGGAAACCGCCGGCCUUUACGAUUGAACCGGAUCCACUGUACCAACGGAAGGUCGGUGAAUCGGUGGAGAUGCACUGUGAUGCCCAGGAAGCGGAAGGAACUACCAAGCCAGCAAUCACCUGGCAACGGCGCGAUGGGCAACCCCUCCAGAAGAACCGGGUUCGGAUCUUGAACGGAAACAUCACGAUCGAGAACCUUCGGCGGUCAGACUUUGGCUACUAUCAGUGCGUAGCAUCGAACGAGGUAGCCACGAUUGUGUCUGCUACCCAACUGGUGAUCGAAGGCACUCAACCGCACGCUCCGUAUAAUCUGAGCGGGACGGCCACAGAGUUUUCGGUGACGCUCUCCUGGAUGCCCGGGUACAGUGGUGGCCCUGACUACAAGCAGGACUAUACCAUCUGGUAUCGGGAAUCCGGAGUGUCGGAUUGGUCGACGAUCCCGGUGACUCCGUCCGGGAGUACUCAGGUGACGAUUAAUCGACUGUCUCCUGCAACGACGUACGAAUUCCAGGUGAUAGGAAAGAAUGCCCUAGGUGAUGGUAUGAUGAGCAAGGUGAUAACCAUUCGGACGCUAGAUGUCCAAAAACCGAAGAAAACAUCGACCACGACAGCAGCACCUAACGAAAAAGAAUUCAUACACGCUUCGGAUGACUUGGGUCCAAAACCGGGUCAACCACGAAAUGUAAGCGUGUUGGAGAUCCCGAACGGGUUUCUCAUCUCGUGGCAGGUUCCACUCGAACGACCCCAUCUGGUGCAGUUCUACACGAUCAAAUACCGCACCGAUGCCCAGUGGAAAACGCUCAACCGAGGCCAGAUUCGGCCGGAGGAAACGUCCUAUCUGGUGAAGAAUCUGGUCGGUGGGCGAACCUACUACUUCCGGGUGUUGGCCAACUCGCUCAAGAGCUACGAAACCAGUGAGGAGAUCAAGUUCCCCGUGCCGGCACGGGUAAAGCAUAAAGCCAUUACGGCCGGUGUGGUCGGCGGAAUACUGUUCUUCAUCGUGGCCAUCAUCCUGUCGAUAUGUGCCGUCAAGAUUUGCAAUAAGCGUAAACGUAGAAAACAGGAAAAAGAACUCAACAUGGUAACAGCACGGAUCACGGAUCGGAACGCCCUAAGGCAGCCGGUGCCUUUGAGGAGAUAUCUACAUGGAGAAAGCAAAAGCAGACUACCCGGCUUGAACAUCCUGGUCGCCAUUUUGCACUGGGUUUGGCCUCCGGGACGAUGUCAGAACUGUGAUAGUAUUUAUUCGAACAAAUUUAGCGGUGAGCAGGGCAGGAACCUCGGGGAAAUUCAUCGUUCGCCGGAUGGAAGGUUUGUCGUGCCUCAGGAUGCGGUCGAUGGGAUCAUUUCGUUGAGAAAUAGCAUAGUUUCGUGCUACAGCAGUAGUGACGAUGGAGGUUUUCUGCCAAAGCGAUUGUCGCUGACUGGCCGGGCAUCGUGGAGGCGACCGUUGGUGACUUGUCCGAGUCAGUUGAGUCUGCGGUCGGAGGAUGGUUUUCAUGCGGCUGAGCCGCAGCAGCCACCUCAAUCGCUGUACACCAACACACUGCCGGAGAAUCUCCAUCUUACUACUAUAAGUUCCAGUGUACCUGCUCCGAUGGUGACGCAGUCGUUGUAUACGACUCCUUCAAGAAUAUCGAAGGUGAUUGCCAGUUCACCGGCAACCUCCAGUCCACAGGUCGUAAACUCGCCCUGGUCGCCGUUGUAUUUCAGUGAUCUCAGUUCGGUUCAUCAUCUAAGUUCAGCGGAGCGGUCGUUCCCGACUCCGCAAAGUGCUGCAUCAGCACAUCGUUACAAUUACUCCGGCUACAAUCACGAACUACCGGUGCUGAGUAGUUUACACAACAGUUCACGACAUUUGUCGCAUGGUUUUAUCCCAGUGCACGUUCCAACGUCCAGGCAUUAUCAUCAAAAUCUGUACCAGAAUGUGCCCUUCCACAGUCAUACGUACGGCAGUCGGCCAAAGUUCUCUCGUUAUCAUCCUCGGUUGAUGCCGAGGAGUCUAACGAGAACGAUACCAGAACUACGAUCCCCAAUGCUGAAUCUGAAUCUCAGCACAACACCACUCAGUGCAGCACUGGAGGCUUCUCCACAGAGCUAUUCGAGUUCGAGUGGAUUUGGAAGUAAAAAUACUUCCAGCAAUACUCAGCAGACUUCCAGUUUCCAUGUCAGCAACAACUUGUUGAGAGAAUGGCGCUAUCUUCCUCCGUAUCGACCACCACCUCCUCCUCCGAGUCUUCACCAUUCGGCGCCUCUGUCCUUCGGUGGUGGAAGGUUCGAUCAUCCACCCUAUUCGAUGUCCCAUUGGUUGGAGCUUAUAACAAGACUGAACAUUGCCUCUGAGAAGGCUAACAUCAACAACGCUGGUGACGUGGGGAGCGUUGACGGUCACUACGAGUUUGACCCAUCUACGCCAACGCCUACGGCAUCUACUCCGACUGGUAUUAUGAGGGAUGAUUUCCACCACCUUAUGACACUUCCGUCGACAUCAAGUGACCUACUGUGGAAUGCUGCUGGGCUGUCGUUGAGUGGAGCUGGACCGGGAGGAAUCACCAUCGGUGGUCGAAAACGGGGUCAAUCACGGUACGAUAAUAUCGAUGCUCGGGUAGAGGCAAUGAAGGAAGAAUUCUACGAAUGGCGGAAGCGGCAGCAACAAAGCGAUAAUGAUGUUAGGGUGAACGAGCUGGAAAGUUCUUGCUGAUUAGUGGCUCAAAGGUGUGUUAGGGAAGAAUAUGAUCGUGAUGGCGUGCUCAUAGAAUGAAAAGACUCGACUUAUUCAAUAACUAUAGCAAUAUCUAAUUAACGGAGAAAUGAAAUGAUUGGAGGAAGAGAAUGGUUCUAGAUUUUCCUCCGGAGCAGGAUGAAGCUGACACGGCAAAGAAUUAACCUACUAAAUGAUCAUUAACUUAUCCUUAAUGAGAAUUUUAAUGACAAAUGAAAAUCGCACGCUAAGCAGAGAUCGAUUCGCGAACAUAAGAUAAAGGUAAAACAAACACACGUGUUAAAGACUUUUAUAAUAGUUAUGUAAAAAAUUGGAAUGAUUGUGAUUAAAGUAGAAAUUUACAUAAAUAAAGAGUAUGACGGAGCAAGCAGCAAUCAGUUGUGAAUUAAGCAAACUGACGAAGAAGCUUCUAGAAGGGAAGCUCGGGUGGGAAGAACAACCAACGGUAAAACAAUUCUAGGAAAAUCAAAUACAAUUCAGGCACGUUGUUUUCGUGAUGAUAAUUUUAGCAAAGAAAAUGCAACGGUUACAAACGAAGGAAAACGGUAGUCAAGAUGACCGUUGUUUUGGUCCCGGAGAAUUGAAAAUUUGGAAGAUAUUUGCACGAGAUUAGUUCUGUUGUUCGUUUUCUCUUCUUUAGAAAACCUACAUUACAAGUUAAUCAGUAGAGAUUUCCGUUAAAAUUUUAGGAUUUUUUUCAAACUUGAUUAUGUUAAGAGUUUAACGUUAUUGGUCUCAUUUUAAAGACAUCGUCAGAGUCAUCCCUUCGAAACCGGAUGUAAAAUUAAUGUUAUUCUCACCGCAGUUGGAUUUAGAUUGUCAAAACUCUUUCAUUGCAAAGUUUGGUGUGUCUAUAAACUAGGCACACUAUCAUCAAAUCUCAUGCAAAGAUAGUUCAAACUUUCAACACGGGAUCUGAACUUUCGUUUAAAUCGAAUUCUUGUUUUCUAGGUCACAAGUAAAAUCAAAUACAAUAAAACAAGCAAGUGUAUCACCACAAGUGAAGGUUUUUAAGCAAAGCAACCAAGUUCGUAUCUAGGAUAUCGGUACACACUCACACGCCCACUAGAUUAACAAUGGAAGAAAACAAGCACCAUCAAAAAUAUACAUGAAUUCACACAUACAAUCUCACACAAAAAAAAAUCUACGAUUAUCGAGAAAACAAAGCAACCCUUUUCAUUAGAUCUCACAUGCAUUCAAACUCUUUUUCACGGCACAUUCCAAGGAAGCAACUUUCUCAAACACAACACACUCAAACGUAACCAUAGCGAUGAGAAAUCAAGAAAUCGAAGAAAAAAAAACUAAUUGAAUGAAGAAGAAAAAUGUUACGAAUACAAAAAAACAAAAGAAAAAAAAAACGUGAAAAACACAAGUAGGAAUAAUAUCAAUAUUUAAUGUUCUUGAAACCAACAAUAUUCACAAAUAUAUACAACAAGAAAAAGGAAGAAAGGAAUACACAUAAUAAUAAUUGAGGAAAUAAGUAAGAUAAUUUAUAAAAUGAAAUUUAAAUCCAAUUCGGCUGGGGGGAACACCCGGUUUGGUUUCAGGUCGAGGUUGUGUCCUCCCACCGGGAAACAUUCAUUCUAAACUAGUAAAGGCAAAGGCAGCGAUGAAAUUCACACGGAACGCGCAAUGGUGGAAAUUCGAAACUGGAUAUGUUAUUGAAUUGUAAGUAAGUAAUUAAUAACUAAUUAGAACACGAGUGGAUGGAAGGAUUGAAGAAUUCUGGUGCAACAAACACAACAUACACACUUAGGCGGGAAUCGUCGUUGAUAGGAGGCGUAAAGAAAAGAAGAAUACAAAAACACACACACACAGAAAGCAUAACAUAUAUUAGUUUAAUGAUUAUUUUACUUAAGAUCAAAUCUUAUUUUAAGCGAAGUAGUUGUAAGCAAAGGAAAAAGCAGUACACUCUAGUAGAGAAUAGUCGAUUAAGGAUGAAUAAUUAAACAGAUGAGAAAAAAAAUCAAUGAGAUUAGCCAUUUACGUUUGAGUUAUAGCUGCAAUUGAAUCGAAUCGAUGAGAUGCAUUUAAUUCUUUUUUUUUUUCUAGAUUAGAGAAACAUUCUUCUGGAAUGCUGCUUAUGCUUGUUAAUUUUUGUUUAACAGUGAUUCUAUUUUUUCCGUUUCAUUCUACUAAGUUUGCUUGUAAGAGGAACCAAUUUAUGCACGAGAAAAGUCUGACUAUUGCAUCUUAUAAUUUAUGUGCGGAUGUACAUUCCAAAGAUUGUUUAUUUACGAUUUUAGUUUGUAAACACAGCAUCUAUUUCUACCUGACAGUUUGAGUACGUUUCGCGUCUAGCAGUUUCGUCAACCGUACGCAUAACUAGAACAAUUUUUCGAGUACAUAAGUAUAUAAAUCCUGUUGAUAGUUCUUAUUAUAAAUCUUAUAAUUCUUAUCAGAAGGGAAUAAAUCUUAACGAAAAUCAAAGUAACGAAGCAAGGAGUGUCCUCAUUUGUAAGUGAAACAAAUGACGGUAUAGCAGAGAAAGAAGAAUAAGAAUACUGAAACUGUCACCGUAAGAAAAGUUGAACAAAGCAGUAUUUCAAUGAAACAGAUUUCCAAACUCAGUCGAUUCCUUUUCCGGUUGAUUUCCUUCAGACGUGUGCAGCAUUCGGUUUGAUCUAUUUUGCUGUGCCAUAGUCGCCUACUGUGGCGAACCAAUUUGAAAUCAUCUCAUAGUCUUUCCCACUCAACGACAAACAGUAGGCGAUGCUUCUUCUGUAAAUGUUGUUUUCUAGGAAGGAUGAAACUUUUUGUUUGCCUUUUGCUCCUUUAUUUAAAGUUGUUCAAAGUAACAGUAAAUCUGAUCUCUUUAAUCCAAAUCAAAGUUGAACACUCAUAAGUAGAUCCAACUGCUCUUCGAAUAAGUGCAAACUGGUUUCAGUAAUAAUGGUGGAAACAGCGCGAAAACGUACGUAGCAGCGUUUUAAUUGAUUUUCAAAUACAUGUGAAAUCUGAACAUGGAAAGAGGUAAGAAUAAGAACAACACCGUUAAAUAUAAGAAACGUAGCGAAAAAAAAAUGAAAACAAUGUUUUACCAUACAAACUAGACUCUCACUUAACACAAGAAGAAUUAAGAAAAUAUACAAACAUUCAUACAGACGGAAACGAAAAUUCUGUACGUUGGAGAUACAGCUCGUAGGAAACGCAGAAGAAGAGAUAGCAAAUUAAACGACAACAAACAAGCCGGAAGCGAUGUACAUAGUCCUUGUUCUUUUUAUAAUUUCUAAACCAAAACAGCUCUUAACCUUAACGAAAAAAAAACAAACAAAGAAAACACACUGACACACGCAAACCAGCAACAACAGAAGAACACAAACACUCACACAGAGAAGGAAGGAAAAAAUAAAUAAAGAUGAACAUUCCAUUAGCUUCUAGUUUGUAUCGUAUAAGAAUUAGAAAUGAAAAAAAAGUAAAAAUUGAACAAAAAAAAAUCUUGCCGGACUUAGUGAAAAAAAAAAAGAUUUAAAAACAGUAUAACAUAAGAGGGUGAA